UUUCAUCAGGUUUUGAUUUUGAAUUCAACAAUGGCAGUAACAAGCAUGCGGAUUGGAUGGCAGAAUCUACUUCUUGUACUUACAGUGCUUCCCAGCUGCAGGAGUUUGCAGGUUUCGAUCCCACAGGAGGAAUACGAGGCCGUAAAUGGAGAAGAUAUUACUAUGAUCUGUUCCUUCAUUCCGGCCAAACCCGACUUCAGCAUGCUGGUUCUCACAUGGGAAGCGUAUCCCGACAACAUUGAGGAGCCAAUGAAAACCGUGGCCACCUUUUUUUUAAACAACCCAGUGGACAUCUCCCCCGCAUAUGAAGGUCGAGCAACUCUGGAAGUGGACGUUGCCAGACAACAAAGCACACUUCACUUAACAAAGCUGACCGUGAAGGACAGUCGUAACUUCCAGUGCAGCGUUAGGAUUCCCAAUGAUGACGAAGGAACUACUGCUGCCUCCACCUCCCUUCUAGUUCUAGUGGCUCCCUCUGCGCCCCUGUGCAGGCUCCAGGGUACAGCAGAGUACUGGCACAACAUCAACCUCACUUGUGUGUCUGAGGAGGGCUCCCCAAAACCGAGCUAUGCAUGGAAGAGCUACAAUGUGGAAAACAGACCAAGACCGUACCCACCCAAAACCACUGAGAAAAAUGGAGCGCUGUCACUUUUCAAUAUUUCAAGAGAGACAUCUGGCUUCUUUAUUUGUGUUUCAACUAAUCGAGUUGGUUCUGCCAGCUGCAACUUCACCUUGGCCGUGAUGCCUGCCAGCUCAAACAUGGGAGCUACGGCAGCUAUAAUCGGAGGUGUCCUUGCCGGAUUGCUGGUUCUUGGAAUCGUCGUCUACUGCUUCUGCAAGAAAAGAGGCAAAAAAGAUAAGAAUGCUAAAGGAGAAAUGGAAUUUUCCGACAAAGACGCUACUGAAGCUGUGAGGCAGUACCAGGACGAAGAGUCCAGUGGCGUGACCGAGAAGGCCGAAUACAAAGAUGCUGUUCCUCAAGACACAGAAGAUCAUCAUGGUGGUUACGAUAGCAGCAGAGAAAACAACAGUGGCGACGGCGCUCAGCGUUAUCAGGAUUCCCGCCGCGGCAGUCGCGAUCAUCUUGACGAAAAACGUUUCGAAGUCCGGAAAGAGUACGGCGGGAGUCGCGAUCGCCUCGAUGAGCAGCUCGAUCGCAACGGUCGCGGCGGGUCUCGAGAACACCUCGACAAUCGCGAUGAGUGCAGGGGUAGUCGCGACAGGCUCGACGAUCAGCGCGGACACUACGGCGGAAGUCGCGACCGGCUCGACGAGCAGCGUAAUCGCCACAGUCGAGACAGGCUGGACGACGAGCGCGAUCGUUACGGCGGCAGCCGAGACCGCCUUGAAGAACGUAACCAGUACAGAGGAAGUCGCGAUAGGCUCGACGAACCCCGCGAUCGCUACGGUGGAAGUCGGGAUCGCCUUGAUGACGUCUAUGACUGCUAGCUGACGUUAUUAGUUUGAUGAUAGUGGUGCGCCGGUUUUGUACGUACCUCGUUUUCAAGGUCACAGUUCGGUUAGUUUAUGGGAACUAACUGCAGAACAUACAAUUGCUUAACUUUAAUGAUU